AUGACCCCAUCUCAAGAUAUCAAGGAUUCCUUCGAAGAGAGUUUGAAACUCAAUUCUCAAGAAAAAACUAAUACUCAUAAACAGCUGGACCUUACCCCUUCCGAGAACAAUCAAGAGACCGAAAGGUCGAGGGAUGUAACUUCCGCUUCAGUUGCUGAAGGGCAGCCUUCCAAUAACUUCAGUGGGUUUUUCACCGCCGGUUCAAGAAGCGAGAUCAAAGUUAGUGAAGAAGCACUCAACGCUGCAAGAGUACGCCUCAACUCCUCUCCUGAAGAUCUGCCAGACAACGGAGCUACGACAGUCCCACCCGCAUUCUUCCCAGGCUUUGUAACUGCAGGUUCCAACAAAGUUAUCACUGUCACACCAGCUGCUUUGGAAGCAGCGCAGCGUCGUUUGAACGAGAUAUCAGAGUCCGAAGUUCAACUGUUUGUUUAUAGCCUAUCGCCCGGAUAA